UAGAAAUAGCUUUUUGUUCCCGCUUAGAUCAGAAUUAGAAAGCUUCACUCUUCCUCUCGUGUUCUUCUUCUUCUUCAGGAGUUCUUCUCGAGACGAUUUUCUUUCCACGGUUCAACGCAUCACAGAUAUCGACUCGAAUCAUCAGGUAUGACGAAAGCGUUUUCUGUAGCCGUGAAAAAGACCGCAUCGUGGAUGGGUGUAAAAGGAAAGAGGUUCAAAAAGGUUGUUGCGGAGGCGGUAAGCGGAUCCUCCAAGGUUUCGUCUACUGCCAGAAGAUUGAAACGAUAUGUUGAGAAAAGCCGUGAGGUUCCCGAAGAAGUGAUCAAGGACGCUAUCAGCAGUGUGGCUGAGAAGGAGAACAAACUUCAGAGUAGUUUGGAUGUUGCGGUCCAAAAACUGGACCUUGCGGAACAGAAAGCAAAACUAGCCUUGCAGCAAAAGAAGCUGAAAACUGCUGAGUACGAGGUUAAACUGAAGCUGCUGUACAAGGCUGAAGUUGAAGUGGCUCGGAAGGAGCUCUACACACUCAAAAAUAGGAAGAGCAAUCUGGACUGUGGUCUCAGAGCACGUGCAUGCGAUGAAACAGAUGUAAAGUUUCUAAACGCCUCUCACUACAUACCUGAACGUGUUGCAGUCCGAGCUGCUGCUGAUGAGGAGAUAAAAGAGGAGCUAGACAAGAUGCGACACGACGCCCAACUUUGAAAACGAAAGACUUUCAGCAGAUCCUUGCUUAAAAGAACUUUCCAUUGGUAAAAACUGGCUUCGAUUCAGUGCAUAGAGCAAGCACCUGAAAAUAUGACAAAACACAAUUAGAUAUUUUGCAAUUACAUGUUCAAAACUAAACCUUCACUUGUUCAUUAAUAAUGGGAUCGAACGAACAUGACUGCUAUGCUCCAGCGAUUAACAGUGAUUUGUUUUUGCUGAUUGUAUGAUUCAUUGAAUUAGGGUCUAGUUUGUUUCUGUUCUUUGUGAAUUUUAGUUCCCUAUCUUAUGACUCUGUGCAGUCAACAUAUCCAGAUUCCGGUUUCAACUAGUUAUAGUCAAGAGGAUGUAGUAUAGCUCUGGUUAGGGAAAGUCUCUCUAUUUUGUUUUCUUUAGUUGUGAAGCCUGAGACGGUUCAUCACAUAGCUUAAGAUUCUAGCAUGUAUACACUCAUGGAGUUAGGAAAUCAGAUGAGCUGUUUUAGGAUGUAAUACUCUAUAUAUUCUUGUUGUUUAAAAGUUUUGGAACUUCAAAUGAUUUGCUAGAGUGUGCUUCCCAUUUUUUAUAACUGUUAUUUUAGUUGCUGUG